AUGAAGAAAUCCCACCUUUUUUCUCUUGUUUUCUUCUACCUUCUGCUUGUUUCAGUGAGCUGUGAUGUUAUCCAUGAUUCUUGUGACAAAGCUGCAAAGGGUGAUCCCAAUAUCAAGUUUGACUUUUGUGUAUCAAGUUUUGAAGGGAACCCCAAAGCUAAAACGGCUACCGGGGUUGCAGAUUUGGUUAAAGUAGCCAUAGAAACAAGCAUGGCUAAUGCGACGAGCACUGGUUUGAUAAUAUCUAAGCUUUUGGAUAACAAAACCCUUGAUACAUAUGCAAGGAAUUGCUUAGAAGAUUGCUCUGAGCUUUAUUCAGGUGCAGGGUCUAGUAUACAAAGUGGUGGGAAAGCUUUUGAAGGUAAAGAUUAUGGAACAGCUAAUGCAGAAAUAAGUUCAGCCAUGGAUGCACCGGAUACUUGUGAAGAGCAGUUUAAAGAGAAGAAAGGGUAUGUGUCACCAUUGACAAAGGAAAACAACAAUUUCUUUCAGCUACUUGCAAUCGUAGUUUCAUUCAUGAAUCUGGUACCAAAAUGAUGAACAAUAUACUAACAUGAUCCUCAUAUACUGAAUGUCAUAUCAAUAAUUAAGCACAACUUGCCAUCUUUGUUCUUGUAUUUCCCUUUUGGGUAUUUUCUUUUAAUGAAAGAAAAAGGGUUUAUA